AUGGAUGCGAAGCAAGAACGCGAAACGAUUAUUAAAACCAUAUUAAGAAAUGAGUGUGACAACUAUUUAUAUGAGUACCUAAUACUACGAGAAGAACAAACCUCUUUCACUGAAGAAAUUCGACCCGAACAUGAUGGCUACUUAGCGGAAUUACGCAAAUUUAAGAAUGACCCUGAGCUCGGAAAUAAAGUGAAGAUCGCCUGGGACUCGUUUGAG